UUACUGAUUAAAUUUUAAUUUUAAAGAUGUUAAUUUUUUUGUUAAGUAUAUUAGUUAUUUAUAAAAAUGUCCAAAUCAACAAAACGAAAGCAUGUUACAAAAGAAAUACUAGAUGAUUAUUAUGAACCUAAUGAAGAUGAACAAAUUGUUCAGAUUGUAGCAGCUAAAGGAAACAAUCUCCAUGAAGUAAAAACUAUUAACGAUGAAAGUUUUUUAGUCAGUAUGCCAAAUAAAUAUAGAAAAAGUGUAUGGGUAAAACGAGGAGAUUAUGUUGUUAUUCAAAGUAUAAAAGAAGGACAUAAAGUUCAAGGUGAAAUUGUAUCCAUACUUUAUCCAAAGCAAAUAAAAUACUUAAAACAGAAAAAUAUGUGGCCUGAAGAAUUUAAUAAAAGUAAUAUGUUGGACGACAUUAGUCAAACAGAUAAUACAACUUCAAAGGCUGAAAAUUCCGAAGAAGAAAGUUGUAGCUCAAAGGAAGAUGAUGACAGCUCAGAUGAUACACUAUUUAAAAAUCCAAACCAUCGCAUUAACCAUACUUAUGAAGAUGACGAAAUCACUUCAGAAAGCGAGAGCUCGGCAAGUGAGGAAGAAAAUUUUGAUGAAGGAAAAAACAAUAACAAACACUGUUAUCAAGUUGAUAAAACUUGAAAUAAUAAAACAAAACAAAAAUCCGAGUCAUUAGAGGGUUCUUCCCGGGAAUUCUGAGCUAAAUUUUGCUGGAAUUUUAUCCGUUUCACAUUUCCCAUUAACCGGUAAAAUUACCAUAAUUUUCCUGAAAAAAUCAAAAAAUUACUUGUGUAUUUUAUUUGUGUAAUAUAUAAUAAUGUCUACAAAGCUA